AUGGGUUCCAAAAACAAACGAUAUAGCUAUUUACCAGCAUCAAAGAAUGAUCAUUUCAAUGCAGAAAAUGAGAUUAAAAAAUACCAUUUAGAUGUAUCAACAUUUGAUGUUAUAAGAGUGAAUAAUUUCCGUAAUUACAACUGUUCGACUUUGUUUUGGUAUUUUUACAUGUGGGUUCUAAUCUUUUUAUCAUUUGCAUUAUUAGCAACAGAUAUCUAUUCUUGUCUAAAUAUCCUUGUAUUCCAUAGAUGGGCUAGUGAUGAUUACAAGCCGUACGCAUAUUCCAUUGCCAAAUGGAUUUUCACUGGAUGUAUAAUAUUUCAGUUUGUGCUACUAUUUUAUCAUUGGAUAUGGGCCAUACAUAUUGCCAGGACAAGAAAUAUUGCCUUGGUUUAUCUAAAUUCCAUAGCCAAAAGACUCUAUCUGAUAAAAUAUUAUGAUAAUUUUUGUUUAUUAAACAGUAUCAACGAAGGUCAUUUUUUUGAUUGGUGUUGUUUUUUAACUUAUUAUGAGAUAGAUAAUGCAUUACAAAUAUUAGUGGCUGACACCCCAAGACAAGUUAUCAAUAUAUUGACAUUAAGAUACUAUGCCACUGGUGGAGAGUUAAAUAACAAUAUUUUGAAUAACAUUGAACAAAUUGCCAAUACAAAUUUGUACUUGUCUAUUAUUUUGAGUUUCAUGUGUUUAUCGGUGUUCAUCUAUGCUAUAUUCUUCUUGAGGUUUGUAUUUGGGAUGCUUUGUUACAUUCCAUUAAAGAUCCAAUUGAGCAACGAUGGCUAUAAGAGUUUUAAAGAUUACUGUUGUCACUUGAUUAACGAAAGUAUUGCUGAUGCAGUUAGGUUGCACCAUAAACCAAAGAAAGUGUUGUUGGAGCAAGGUAUAUUAUCGGAAGAGAGAAUUGCUCAAUUGCCUGUGUUGGAAGAUCGUCCACCUCGUUAUAAUGACUACUCAAAAACUUUUUACCGUACAGAUACCAGUGCCACAUUGGAAUCAAAUAUUCCAUUGAAUUAUAUGAAAGAUAGAUCAAAUUCCACCAAUAAUUCCAGAGACGAUUUUGGAGGCCACAGUAACCAAAAAGUAUAUUCACCCAUUAAUGAUCAAAAUAAUGGAAUUGGGAAACGUCUAAGUCAAUUGAGAGAGAAGUAUACUCAACCAAGUUAUGGUGUAAUAGAGAAAUCUAAACCAGUUGAUUCGAUAGUAGGUCACGAACAACUGCUUUACAAGUCGAGACAAAGAUCACAAGCUUCGCUUUUGAGUGAGGAUCAAAACGAAUUAAUGUACAAACAACCACGAUCAACAAGCUUGACACAUGACACAUCAAGAACCCACUUGAACAACCCACCAAAACGGUCUAUCACUGACAUUUCAGAACAAAUUGGUCAGCAGAAUCUACCAUCUUCCUUUAAGCCAAUGAGAAAAGCUCCUACUGCACCAUUAGGGCGUGAGAGUCACCAGAACAGUCAAGACAUAAAUUCUUUAACUGGAUAUGACCAACCAGUACAGCCCUUACCAAAGUCAUACACACAAGAUCAUCCACAUAGACACAAGUAUAAUGAUUAUGCCGAACUGAUAACGAACCCCUUUGGGAAUCCAAGCUCAAUAUAUUCAGGAUCAGUGGAUGAUUUUUCAAGACCGAUGAAAACAGAUUAUACAGAUGAGGGUAUAAAUCCGUUAUACAGCCAGAUUAAACCAUUGAAAAAAUCAACAACGGAACCUAUUAAUUCAUUUGAACUCUCAUAUCAGACUCCACCUGAAACCAAGUUCAAGCGUUCGUUCACUGAUGAGUAUCCAAUAACUGAAGAGGAUAGAUUACAUUCCUCACAAGACGAAAGUAAAGUGAACAAUCAAGAAGAGGACCAACAACAGGGUAGUCCUACAGGAACUGAUAUUAUAGAUGACUUUUUAGAAGAAUUGAAUGCCCCACCAGAAAAAGAACCUCCUUAUCCAGUAAGAGGAGUUUCGAAAUACUUUGAAACUUAG